AUGCUGAACAUGAUUAUUGAUGAUAAUGAAAGUGAAACAAUCAAAAUAUUAAAAUUACAAUUACUUCUUGCUCAGGAAAAACUCAAACAAGAACAAGAAGCAACAAAACGAAAACGAAUAGAAGAAGAAGAAGCAACAAAACGAAAACAAGAAGAAGAAAUAACAAAACGAAAACAAAUAGAAGAACAAGAAACGACCAAAAGAAAAGCAUUAGAAAUUAUGGAACUGAAUGAAGAAGAAUUAAGAAAACGAAUGAAAGAAUCAUUUGAAAAUGAAUCAUCUGAAAACGAAUUAUCAUCAACCGAUGAUAGUUUCUUAGAAUAUUCAUCGGAUUCUGAUAUUGACAAUGAUUUCAUUAAUAACAACAUUUGUCUGUUCGACGUCAAUUUCUUGUUAGAAGAAAAUGAUCAUUUUAAUGAAUCGAUAGAAAAUUAUAUUGAAGAUUACAUACAAAAUAUUUUAUCAUGUACAAAAAAAGGUGAAAAUGAAUAUCAAAAUGUAUUUGAUGAAUUAAUGUUGAAAUUAUUAUGCAGUUUUCAUGGUAGAACAUCAUUAUCAUAUUUAAAUACACGAAAUAAAAAUUAUUUGAAAGGAAAAUCGCCUAAUUGUACAUUUAUCUUCAAUGAUAUCAAUAUUAAUAUUAAAAAUGAAUAUCAAUGUCUUCAAGAUUUUGUUGUCAUUAUUGGCAAUAUUAAAGAACCAACGGAAUCUAUCGAUGAUAUAGAAGCAAAAAGUGAAAUAUUAAUGUGUUUGAAAAACUUGUUAAAUAAACAAAACCGUAAUAAAAUUUAUGGCUUUUUAACCAAUAAUAAAUCUAUCAAAUUUUUUUGUGUCGAAAAAAAUUCAGAUUUUUAUUUAUAUGAUUAUUUUGAAAGUCCUACAUUGAAUAUGUUUGAUUAUUUAUUUAACGUUACACCAUCAAUGAAGAUGUUCAAUAGAAAUACAUCAUUAAUUGAAGAAUCGAAAAAUAUUUCUCUCAAUAAAGAAACAUGGAUUAUAUUUACGAAGUUUUUAAUAAUGCACAAAGAUUUUUAUGAAUAUACAACAUUAAAUAUAAAUGAUAUCCAUACAAUAUUAUCAAAUAGGUAUUCCAUUAUGAAAACAUUAGGAAAAUGUUCAACAUCAAAUUUUUAUUUACACAAUGAAUAUUCAUCAUUAUAUUUAAAUGAAAUUAAAAUAAUAAAAGAAUUGAAAAAAUUGAAUAUUUCAAAUAACUUUAAUUUAUUCUUUGAAGAUAUUAUAAGUUUAUCAUUUUCAGGAAAUUUUUUAUUAUUUAAAAAUGAAUUGGAAUCUAUAAAAGCAUUACCAUUAAUUCAAUCGAAACAGUUGAUUGAUAUAAUUCAAUAUUUAUAUCAUUCUAAUAUUAUUCAUCGUGAUUUGUGUCCACAAAAUUUAAUGUUAGAUGGUCAUAUUCAACAAUUGAAAUUAAUCGAUUUCAGUUUCGCAAGUCAAUAUGAAAAAAAUGAAAUAACAAAACAAUUAUCAAUAAAUGGUACAAUCUCAUUUGCUGGACAUGAAUUUCUUCAUUUUAUUUCGAAUUUAUCAUUCAAUUCAAUAAAAUCUCAAUUCUAUGCUUAUGAACGUAAUUUUGAUCUUAAAUCUGCUUUACAUCUCAUCAUAUAUAUGAAUGAUAAUAAUAUUCAAUUAAAGAUGAAAUCAAUUCAAAAAUUGAAAUAUUUUAUAGAUGAAGCAACACAAACAUUAAACUUAUGGAAAAUUUUGCAACAAAAUAAUAAAUAUUAUUCAAAUUUAUUAACUUUAAUAGAUAGUCCAAUUCAAUCAUCAACAUUUGAAAUUAUUAAAAAAGAAAUAGAAAAAUUUGUAUAUACAUAA